AUGGCUGGCACCCGAAGCCCUUCCCUUGCUCGUUUCCUGUCCGACUUCACCCUCGGCUUCUCCGAUGGACUCACCGUGCCCUUUGCCUUGACGGCUGGUCUCAGCUCCCUCGGCCGCGCCAACACAGUCAUACUCGCUGGACUCGCCGAGCUGUGCGCUGGCAGCAUCAGCAUGGGCAUCGGCGGCUACCUCUCUGCCCGAGACCAGGUCUCUUGUGCAUCCAGCCACCACAGCAGCCUCGAAGGCGCCAGCGACGAGGAAGAGUUGAGGGGGAUGCUCCACGACAGGAGCACCAGCGACAGCGGCGGCAGCAGCAACGGCGGCGGCAGCACAAGGAGCAGCACGCGUGGUAGCAUCGACGAGAAGGCGGACCGUCAAGACGCCGGGUUGAACGAAGAACUGCUUCGUCGCCAUCUCGAACCCCUGUCGCUUCCCUCUUCGACCCUAUCAGACGUGAUGGCGGCGCUGCGGUCCCGAUCAGACGGUAUCGCUCGCGCUGCCGCAGGCAUUCGGGAACUCGGCGAGACGGAAAAGUCGCUGUCGUCGUUUUCGGAGCCGUCCCUGCCCGUCUGGCCCAUCGCCAGUGGCCUGUCCAUCUCGCUGGGAUACGUCGUCGGUGGCGUCAUUCCUCUAUUGCCCUACUUCUUCGCCGCCACCGUCGGUCUUGCUUUGCGCUGGAGCAUCUGUCUCUGCCUUUUCGCCCUGAUGACGUUUGGCUCUGGCAAGAGCUGGGUUUUGCGGGGCGAGCAGAGGAGCUGGCGUUCCUGCUUUCUCGAGGGACUCGAGAUGCUGAUCCUCGGCAGUCUAGCAGCCGCAGCAGCAGUCGUGUGCGUCGGCAUCGUCGGUGCUGCCUCGCCGGAAGGGGCAAAAUGA